AAGAUUAUUUACUCUGAUAAAAUCACUGCUGCUCCUAUGGUAACACAAAGUAUCCUCUCAUGACCAUCAUUUUUUCUUUAGUCUCAUCCAUAUUUUCUAUACAGCCAAGAAAUCUGAUCAUCAGCAGUGACUACGGUUCACUUGAUCACUGAAUACUGAGCUGAAUAUCCGUCCUGCUCCUUUAAGGCGGUCACACAGGGCCAGUUGAGAAAUAUGACUUAACUGAAGGAGGGUGGUGCUUAGACGAACGGUGACAGUGACUGGCCAUGUGAGUGAAUGCAACCAAAGGACUCCACAUCAAAAGGAAACUGAGUCCACCAGAACCAGCGGGAUUCCCGCCUCUCUGCUGUUUGUUAAAGGCAUUUCUGACUGGAAUUGUUUUUGUUUUUUUAUGUCAUUCAGAUGUGCUGAAAUACUGGAUUUCUUUGAAGAGACAGUCUAGACCGGUAGAGUUGACAGAGCAUUUUUUUAAAUAUAGGCGCGUAUUUAAGUUUUUGAGAAUAAAAAAAAUCGUUAUUGUGUGAUUCAUAAGCUAUAGCCUACUGUAGAUACAGUGUAAGUGUGUGACUGUGUGGAGUCCUCACAGGGGCUUUGGUGCCCAGGACAGCCAGAAGCGCCAGCGGCGCUCAAGGAUUCCUGUCAGCUUGACGCAAUUACCGGAGGGCAGCAGGAGUCAUCGUAUUUACUUUAGUGAAUUACGCACGCUUUCCUUUUUCUGAGCACCGCUGGUGACAACAAGCCGGUGUGAACAUGCUACAAAAUGGAAAUGGAAAGGAGACCCCGCUGCAAGCGCCGAAAGCAGAGGCAGAGCCGGACUCCCCGGCUGACAGCCCGCAACAGCAGCAGCCCGCUGCCCCCAACGCCGACAGCAAGGACGCGGACGCAGAGACCACGCAAUUCCCCAUGCCCGUUUACCCCAAACUGGAGAUAAAGCGAAACGCAGUAACGGACGAUUAUAAGAUCUCCAGCCAGGUUCUGGGUUUAGGGAUCAAUGGCAAAGUCCUUGAGUGCUACAACAAGAAGACAGGAGAGAAGUGCGCACUGAAGAUUCUCUACGACAGUCCCAAAGCGAGGCGAGAGGUGGAGCUUCACUGGAGAGUAUCAGGCGGACCGUACAUCGUUCGCAUCCUCAGCCUGUAUGAGAACAUGCAUCAUGGGAAAAAGUGCCUGCUCAUCAUCAUGGAGUGUAUGGAGGGAGGAGAGCUGUUCAGCAGGAUCCAGGCCAGAGGAGACCAGGCCUUCACUGAGAAAGAGGCAUCUGAGAUUAUGAGGGACAUCGGCACGGCUAUCGAUUUUCUCCACAACAUGAACAUUGCGCACAGAGACAUCAAGCCCGAGAAUUUGUUGUACACGUCGAAAGACAGAAACACGGUCCUCAAACUGACAGACUUUGGCUUUGCUAAGGAGACCACGCUACACAACCCUCUACAGACCCCCUGCUACACACCGUACUAUGUGGCUCCUGAGGUUUUGGGUCCGGAAAAAUAUGACAAGUCAUGUGACAUGUGGUCUCUGGGCGUCAUCAUGUACAUUCUGUUGUGUGGCUUCCCUCCGUUUUACUCCAACACGGGUCAGGCCAUUUCUCCCGGGAUGAAGAGGAGGAUCCGGAUGGGUCAAUAUGAAUUCCCAAACCCGGAGUGGGCUGAUGUGUCACAGGAAGGAAAAGAUCUGAUCCACCAGCUACUAAAGACUGACCCUAAUGAGAGAAUGACCAUCACUCAAUUUAUGAAUCACCCCUGGAUCAAUCAAUCCAUGGUAGUUCCCUCCACUCCGCUCCACACCACCCGGGUCCUGACUGAAGACAGAGAGAUGUGGGAGGACGUGAAGGAAGAGAUGACCAGCGCUUUAGCGACCAUGCGUGUGGACUACGACCAGGUGAAGAUCAAGGAUCUCGACACCUCCAGCAACCCCCUGCUCAACAAGAGACGCAAGAAAGCUGCUGCAGGGGCCAAGAGCGGGUCCACGGUCUGCCAAAGUCAGUGAGACACAGAGGUGCGGCAGGUGGAAAUCCAGUAAAAAAAAAAACACAAGACGAUGAAGGAAAAGUUAAUGUGUGCAGGAAUGGAUCACGUAGACACCUGCUCAGGACUGUAUAAAGUGGACGUGGAGGAAGUGUUCUGGAUAAAGGGACAACAUAAGAACAACAGAAAGUCACACCUGGACAUUAACACGACCUAUCAAUAUAUGACAUCACCUGUGUGUCCUGCCAGUGGUAGCUCACGGCAGGCCCAUCUGUUUCUAUCUGUUUUUAUGUACUGUAUGUAUGUAAUUUUUAGGUCUUUUCCUGUUUGUAAGAGAGUGUCUGAAGUAUUUGUAGUGAUAAUGUAUUGCGUGUUUGAGUGCUGGGUCUCCUAUUUGAGAUCUCCUUUAUAUCUAUGCACUAGUGUGCAGAUCACACGCAGACAGACGAACCAACUAGAACACUCAUGAUCCCCUGUAUUGUCUUAAUAUUGUCUGUCUUUUGCUGCCUUCCUUACAAGGUUUAAAGCAAAGUCUGACACUGACUGACGUGACUAUAUCUUUGACAGUAAAAUUUAGCCUCCAUGAUGACCCAAGGGAGCCUUUUUCCAUUGACGCAACAAUAAAAUAGCCUCACACACUUACUACCAAAUGGUAUAUUUAAACACAAUGUCACUGCCGAUCAACAUUGCGUCCCCUUAAUGCGGCCAUGAGAGACAGUAAACAACUUGCCUGCUUCCUGCCAGUAUGAGGCCAGAGAACUUGACAUAAGCCACAAUGGGGUAAGGUUUGGUUGAGAGACAUGGCUGAGUUGUGACACUUUUUUUCUUGAGAAAGGUCUUUUGUGUAUGUGUGUGUGUUUAUAGGGGUUGAGUAAAAUGCUUCCAGUAAAUAGAGGGCCACAGUUUCCCUUAAUAUGAAGACAUGAGUAAGACAGUGCAGCCUUUACUAAAUGGGAAGUUCAUCUGUAAGGUAUAUAUGGUUGUAAAUAAAACUUUCUAAAGUAAA